GGAGUGGAGCGGAGUGGAGCGAAGCGGAGCAUCCCAGCCGCGUUCACACGUGGGCGAGGAGGAGGCGCGCGCCGGCCGGCACUCACGCGGGAUGGACGCAACCUGACAGGUGAAAAAGCCGCCCCCGCGAAGCCCGAUGGCCGCGCGCCCCGCCAACGAUCCCAAUGACUCGUCUCCGCGCAACGAGAGCGACCCGUUCGGCAGAAACGAGCAAGUGGCCCAGAUAGAGAUCACGGUGCUGAGCGUCACCUUCGCGGUGGCCGUCAUGGGCAACCUGAGCGUCCUGCUGGCCCUGCACAACACCAAGAAGAAGACGUCGCGGAUGCACCUGUUCGUCAAGCACCUGAGCCUGGCCGACCUGGUGGUGGCCUUCUUCCAGGUGCUGCCGCAGCUCUGCUGGGAGAUCACGUUCCGCUUCUACGGACCCGACUUCCUGUGCAGGAUCGUGAAGCACCUGCAGGUGCUCGGCAUGUUCGCCUCCACCUACAUGAUGGUCAUGAUGACCCUGGACCGCUACAUCGCCAUCUGCCACCCGCUCAAGACCCUGCAGCAGCCCACCCGCAGGUCGUACGCGAUGAUCGCGGGCACGUGGCUGUGCAGCCUCGUGCUCAGCACGCCGCAGUACUUCAUCUUCUCGCUGAGCGAGAUCCAGAACGGCUCGGGCGUGUACGACUGCUGGGGCCACUUCGUGGAGCCGUGGGGGGUGAAAGCCUACAUCACCUGGAUCACUUCGGGCAUCUUCCUCGUCCCCGUGGUCAUCCUGGUCAUCAGCUACGGCUUCAUCUGCCGCAGCAUCUGGAUGAACAUCAGGUACAAGACGAAGACCAAGAAGAAGAAGAAGAAGAGCGCUUCGGGAGCGGCUUGCAAGUCGAGCGGUCUGGUCGGCAAGUCUUCGGUGAGCAGCGUGACCACCAUAUCCCGAGCGAAGCUGAGGACCGUGAAGAUGACCUUCGUCAUCGUGCUGGCCUACAUUGUGUGCUGGGCGCCCUUCUUCAUCGUCCAGAUGUGGUCGGUGUGGGACGAGAACUUCUCGUGGCAUGAUUCCGAGAACACGGCCGUGACCCUGUCGGCGCUGCUCGCGAGCCUCAACAGCUGCUGCAACCCCUGGAUCUACAUGGUGUUCAGCGGUCACCUGCUGCGCGACUUUGCGCUCUGCCUCCCGUGGCGCCAGGCCUCGCGCUACGCGCACGCGUUCAGGAAGGAGGAGUCGGACAGCAGCAUCAGGAGGAGCACCCUGCUCACCAGGAUCGUCCACCGCAGCCCCACGUGCAGCCCCACGUGCCAGUCGUCCAAGUCGGCCAGGUCGGGGACAGUGGAUACCUGAUGGUGGACCGAGGGGACGGUCAUCGGUCAUCAGAGGGAGCGGUCAUCAUCAGUCAUCUCCAGCAGCGGCAGGUGGAGAAUGAAAGCAUUAGGAAGCCUCACCAGAGCACUGCAGGUGUCUGCAAUGAGCGACCUUGGAAAAACGCACUUAAAAAGUUGUUCUCUUGAUGAGUUUGGAAAUACAUUCACAUUUAUUGAUUCAGCUGACACUUUUCUCCAAAGCUUCCUACUGCUCACAGUGAACAAAAGUACAUUUCACCCCAAAGUACCAUCAAUUAGUCCAAUACCAUCGUUUUUGCCAGCAUUCGCAUCACCUGUAGCUACACACAGAGCUGAUAGGGAGUACUUUUUUAACAGGUAAUGUAAGUUUAUGGAACAGACUGGAGAU